GUGAACAUCCUUUCAUGCUGCAGCUGACAGGUUUCAGUCCCGAGGUCGUCCCUCUGUCUGUCUGCGUCCCUCUGUCUGUCUGCUCGUUGCUCCUGCUGCAGGCUGCCGUUCCGUGGUCUGACUCCUACUAAUCUGCUACCAAGCUGGUGAGAGAGCGGCAAAAAGGAUCCUGACGUGGGAUGUGAGGAAGCAAAGACUCAUCUUGGCCCAUAAGCUGUCUUCAACCAAAGAGUCAAGAUGAGGACAAGUGGCAUCCUGAGCAAACGGUGUAUCUAUAGGGGCUUAUUCCAGAGGGGAAUACGGUUCUUUUCUUCCCAUCCUGAAGUGGAGCUGGAAACUGUGACAGUCAAUGUAACCAUCCAGGACUUUGUGGCCAAUGUGGUGUCUGAGCUGUUUUACCGCAACACGCAGCAAGUUUCUCAGGAGACCAUGUUCAUCUUUCCUGUGGACUCUGACACUGUUGUACACAGCUUCUGUGCUACCAUGGGGGACACUCGUAUUGAAGCAACGCUCUGGGAGAAGGAGGAGGCCCAGCAGCUGUGCAAAGCCACUUCAGGCAUGGAGAAUUUAAGAUACCUGCAGGAUCAGUGGGAUCUUUGGGGUCCUGUGUUCGCUUGUUUCUUGGGGACCCUGCCUCCUAACAGGGAGGUGGCCAUCAGCCUGUGCUAUGUCCAGGAGCUGCCACUGCAGCCUGAUGGAGCUGCCCAGUUUUGCUGGCCACACAAGCUGUUCCCCCGGGAAAACUACCUCAGCUGGAUCUCUUCUGAGGAGAAGAUGUCCAAAAACCUGCACUUCAGCAUCUGUCUGAAGUCAGCCCAUGGUGUGUCCCAUGUAGACAUUAACAGCAGCCACACCCCUCUGCAAUACACAGCUCCAGAUCAGACAUCUGCUGAGGUCUCCUUGAAAUCGUCACCCUGGUUGCGGAAUAAUCUGAACUUGCUGGUGUAUUACAGAGGGCCUCACACUCUCAGUGCUGUGGUGGAGGGGAGAGAUCCGAAAGCCCCACCUGGCUCUCUGCUGGGAGACCCCGUGGUGAUGGUGACACUGAUGCCCAACAUUCCUGAGGUGGUGCUCAAUCCAGGCCAGCUUGGGGAAUUCCUCUUUCUCAUGGACCGCAGCCUCUUCCAGGAUGCACAGAACACACUGCUCUUCCUCCUCAAGAGUUUGCCCCUGGGCUGUUACUUCAACAUCUACAGUUUUGGGGCCACUUUCAACGCCUUCUAUCCGCAGAGUGUGGAAUACACGCAGGAAAGCAUGGACAACGCAGUGGGGCGCAUCUCCUCCAUCUGCCCUGAUCUGGGGGGCUGUGACCUGUUGGGCCUCCUAAGGUCUAUCUACAGCACUCCUCUCCUUCAUGGGCACCCCCGCCAGCUUUUCAUCUUCAUCCAAAGGAAGAUCUCCAGUGAAGAGGAAGCUGUCAUGGCUGAGGUCUACCGUUACCGGGACCAGCACCGGUGUUUCUGUUUUCCUACUAACAGAUGUGACAACUUCAACCUUUCCCAGGCCAUGGCCCUGGAGACAAAAGGUGAAUGUGUGUGCAUCCACUCUAGGAUGGACAUGACAUCCGAGGUAAUGACUCAGGUGCCUGGGCUUCCAGCACCCCCCCUGCUCUAUUCAAUACCUCCCAUGGCUCUCCUAAACAUGCAAGGCAAUCCAAAUACCACCAUCCAUUCCAAUCCAGAGACCCCCCCCAACUUCCCCCCCCGCCCAGAACUGGCAGGGAACCCAAGUGGUCUGUGCUCUCUGCUUCCCCCUCACCAGGCAGUGAAAUGCCUGCAGCGGGCUCUGCAACCUGUGGCUAGUGGGAUCUCACUACAUUGGGACCUUCCACCUGGCCUGGAGGUGUCAACGAUCAGAAAAGCUCCUGAGAUGAUCUUCCAGGGACAUCAGAGCUCCAUCUAUGCCCAGAUCCAUGGGCAAGCACAGGAUGCAGAGGUGGAUGAGGGAGCCGUGACCCUUCAGUACCAUGUGGGCAGCCAGUCUUUCAAUUACACACUCAGGUUCUCACUGUCCCCGUCAUCAGACGACAGGCUGCCUGUGCACCGCAUGGCCAUGAUGCACCUGCUGUGGAAACUGGCCUGGGAGGGGACAAGCAGGGCAGAGAAGGACAUCCGGCACAGCGCAGUUAAGGCCAGCCUCAGCCUGGGGGUUCCAUCUCCCUUCGCAUCCAGUGUGGCAGUACGCAUGAAACAGAGGGAUGCCUGGCACCGUGAUUCUUUGCCUCCAGACUCCUCCAUGUUGUUCUCUCCCUCUUGCAACCUGGUUCCCUGCCAGCUGCUCUGGUUGCGUGGCUUCAGGCCUGUGUGGUUCAAGUCCACCAAGUUUUGGAUGGUCCAGAAGUGCCAGUUCUGCCUUGAGAUGCUUGGUCGCAAAGCCCCUGACACUGAGGCACUCGCCCAGCUUUCAGCAUCCUGUAAAGAGCGGGAGCCUUCUCCUGAAGAGCAGGUGAUGGAAAAGCUGCCAGCAUUUAACAGCAGUUGGGACUGGACAAUUUCACCACUGUCAACAAGACUGUGUGACUUCUCCGGGCUCAGGGUAGUGGUGGCACUCCAGAAAGCAAAUGGCUCCUGGGCCCUCACCGCAGCCCUGGUCUCUGCCUUGGGCCUCAGCAAGGCUGAUGUUGAGGGACAAAGGCCCAGUGAAGAUGUGCAGCCAACUGCCUGGGCCACAGUUUUGGUCUUAGUCUGGUUGCACCAGUAUAAAUGGAAGGUAGCUUGGUCAGAGCUUCUGGAGGCCAAAGCUUGUAGGUGGCUACGGGACCAAGCUGACGUCCAGCUGGAUGAAUGUCUGGAGGCAGCAAAUUCCCUGUUAGGCUGCUUUGUGGAGCCCACCAUCUUCAGGAUUUGAACUUACCCCACUACUGGGGGUGGGCAAGAAGCUGGAUGGGAACACAGCCAGGACAGUUGACCCAAACUGGCCAAAGGGAUGUACCAUGAACAUCAUGCCCCUGUGGGACUGAGUGAGUGAGUGGCUGGGUGCGUGCUUAGUUGCUGUCCGGGGCCAACCCACCGCAGCUGGCUUGUUCACACAUUUGCUCUCUACCAUAAUAUGAGUGUUUCCACUGGGUUCUGAAAAAUAACCCUAAAUACGUAUACUAAACUUUGCUUCAUUUUUCCACAUUCUGCUUUUCUCUGAGGUUUACCCAAAUAGUCAUCUGCUCAAAAUACCAGAUCUCAAGGAGAAAAAUCCUGUUCAGAUACUACAGAAAAACACCUUCUUCAUGUAUCUGACAGACAUGUCUGUCUGUCUAUCUAUCUACCUACCUAUCUACCUAUCUAUACAACUCCCUCCCUCCCUCCCUCUGUACCUUUCUUUCUGUUUUUUAUAGAAAUGUAAGACCAAUGCUAUUUGGUUUUGCAGGCAUUGAUUCACUCAUCCUCACAAGCUAGAGGACUUUUUUCUUUUUUUUUUUUUUUUUAAAGAAGGGUUUGUCAAAUAAAGGGGUGGAUUUCAUUGCAUCACUGCGGUGCCUACCAUAGGUGCACAGUGCCAUUUCAGCUGUUCUGAAGUAUCUGAAACACCUGCCAGAUAGGAAGCAGGACAUAAAGGACUGAUUUUCUGAGGUGACAGCUGGAGAGUGAAUGGAAUACGAUGUGGCAUGGGAUUCAGUUGCCUAAAGAUGGCUGUCUAGUGCCAUUUAUGAUGUUCUAGGGUUUUCAAGUGUGUUGGGUUUACAUGCCAAGGUUUUGGUAGUGGGGAGGCUGCAGGGAUGACCUCUGUGGGAAAAGAUUGCCCCAUGCCAGUCAUAGGCGGUUCCAAAACAGACCCACUGCCGGCCAAAGCUGAGCCAAUCAGCAAAGCUGGUGGCGUCCCUGUGAAAGUAUAUUGAAGAAAAGGUAAAAAAUGCCACACAGGCAGAGCAGGAGGGGAAAAAAAGAGUGAGAACAGCAGUGCAAACACCAAGGUAAGAUGAUGAGGAGGAGGUAUUUCCCUGCAGCCCAUGGUAGAGCAGAUAUUCAUGCUGCAGCCCAUGGAGGACCCUAUGCUGGAGCAGGUGGAUGUUUGCUAAAGGAAUUGCAGCCCAUGGAGAGGACCCAUGCUGGAGCAGAAGAAAAGUGUGAGGAGGAAGGAGCGCCAGAGAGAGACUGCUAUGUAUUGAACAUAGCCCCCUAUCCUCCAUCCCUGCUGCACAAAUGGCGGGGGCGGGGUGUAGAGGAAGAGUCAGGAGUGAAGGAGUGAAGUUGAGCCUGGGAAUAAGGGGACAUGGGGGCAGGGUGUUUUAGUUUUUGUCUUUGUUUCUCACCAUCCUACUCUAUUUUUAAUUGACAAUAAAUUAUAUUAAUCUU